AAAGAGAGUGGCAAAACAUGUGUCAUGACAUUUGACCAGGGAUAGUUGACUUAGUUUUUUUAACAUGCAAUUGCUUUGCUAUCAACAAGAUUUUGUCUUAAAUCUUGAAUCUUACCGUACCACCACCACCACCGGCGUGAGUUGUGAUGAACAGAAUGUCUAGCAGCACCAGUACUCUGCUUCCAUUUAGAAGUCAGUCGUUCCUAAUAAAUAUAAACCCCCAACUCAGAAAACGAUCCUACGUCGUAUCGUUUCCUCCUCCGCCACCGCCUCUGUUAACUUCAAAGUUAUUAUUAUUAUCAUAUCAGAAGAAGAAGAGGAAUGGAGGAGGGGUUUUAGCUCGUGCAGAAGAAGAUGGUGGAGAACAAGGAAACUCAUCUUCCGUUCAGCCUAAGCCUAAUCCCGAUAACCCCUUUCAGGAUUCUCCGUCAUCAGGAGCUUGUGAUCCUUUAUGUUCAGUGGAUGAAACAAGCUCACUAGAAUAUGAAGCUACUUACCAGCCAAAAACCGAUUUAUUAAAAGCUCUCGCAAUAUUUGGAGCUGCGGCCACAGGGGCAGUUGCAAUUAAUCAUUCCUGGGUGGCUGCAAACCAGGAUCUUGCAAUGGCACUGUUGUUUGGAAUAGGGUAUGCUGGCAUAAUUUUUGAAGAGUCACUUGCUUUUAAUAAAAGCGGAGUAGGGUUACUAAUGGCAGUAAGCUUGUGGGUUAUUAGGAGCAUUGGAGCCCCGUCAACUGACAUAGCUGUAGCAGAGUUAACACACGCAUCAGCAGAAGUGAGUGAAAUAGUUUUUUUCUUGCUUGGUGCAAUGACGAUAGUGGAAAUAGUUGAUGCUCAUCAGGGAUUCAAGUUGGUUACUGACAAUAUUACCACUCGCAAACCACGUACCCUCCUUUGGGUGGUUGGAUUUGUGACUUUCUUCCUUAGCUCGGUGCUUGAUAACCUCACAUCUACAAUAGUUAUGGUUUCCUUAUUGAGGAAAUUGGUACCUCCGUCAGAAUACCGAAAGUUACUCGGUGCUGUAGUUGUAAUAGCAGCGAAUGCAGGCGGGGCAUGGACUCCUAUUGGUGAUGUAACAACUACUAUGCUUUGGAUACAUGGCCAAAUAUCCACAUUGCCAACUAUGACGAGCCUGUUUGUGCCUAGUGUGGUUUCUCUCGCAGUGCCGUUGGCCCUCAUGUCCUUCUCAAGUGAAGUAGAUGGGAAGGGACAGAAUACAGACGAUGUUUUGGCUUCUGAACAGAUGGCACCACGUGGACAACUUGUUUUCGCAGUGGGAAUCGGGGCGUUAGUGUUUGUUCCAAUUUUCAAAUCUUUAACGGGCUUGCCUCCGUAUUUGGGUAUGCUGUUUGGGCUUGGAGUUCUUUGGAUAUUAACCGACGCUAUCCACUACGGGGAAUCAGAAAGACAACAGUUAAAAGUACCGCAGGCCUUAUCACGUAUCGAUACUCAAGGAGUUCUUUUCUUCCUUGGAAUCCUAUUAUCCGUCAGUAGCUUGGAGGCAGCAGGGCUUCUGAGAGAAAUAGCGAACUACCUUGAUGCUCAUAUUCCGAGCAGCGAGUUGAUUGCAAGUGCGAUAGGGGUAGUUUCGGCAAUCAUAGAUAAUGUUCCACUGGUGGCGGCAGCCAUGGGGAUGUAUGACCUUUCAUCGUAUCCCCAAGACUCCCAAUUUUGGCAGUUAGUUGCAUUUUGCGCCGGCACCGGUGGGUCCAUGCUUGUUAUCGGAUCUGCUGCCGGUGUUGCUUUAAUGGGAAUGGAAAAAAUCGACUUCUUUUGGUAUUUAAGAAAGGCAAGUGGUUUCGCUUUUGCUGGUUACGCUGCGGGGAUUGCUGCGUAUUUAGCAUCUCAAAACCUACAUCUCUCGACAACCGUAGCCGCUAAUCUUCCAUUCAUCUCUGGUUCAUGAAGCAAGGUAGUUGAAAGAAGAUGUUAGUAGAAAUUGAGGUUUUAAUAAUAUUGGCCCAAUUGUAUUAAGUUUUGUUGAAUGUGUAUUAGAAUAAUCCUUUUUGUAUGUUUUAGUUGUUUUUCUAUUUUGCCUAAUAAAAGUUUCUACAGAAGGUAAAAUAAGCUCA